AUGUUAUUUCAUACAGUUAUUCUAUUCUCACUAAUCUACUCAGCGUUUAGUAGUAUAUCAUGCUAUGAUUGUUCACUAAAACCUGACACAUACAAUUAUAUUAUUACAGCUGAUACAAUCCCAUCGGAAAUUCGCAAUUGUCAAAUUAAAGCCGAUCAAACUGGAUGUCGCAUUGAUGUCAGAUGGUAUUUAACUACAAAUAUGACUGGAAUUAAUUUCCUAGUCUAUAAUACGUUAUCAAUGCCAUUAGAACAUACACUUCGUGUUAAAACUUUUAUAUCAGGAAUCGGAGUUAUCCAACAAAUAGAGCAUUCAUUCUAUUAUUUUUGUACAACUGAUCGAUGUAAUGAUCCAUAUGUAUUCAAACAAAAUCUAUUUGAUGGUCGUGGCUGUUUAUUUUAUACCAAUAAAACUGAUAAAAGUUGUAAUACAACUAGUGAUAUUGAUCCUAAAAUUUGUAAACAAUGUUCAACAACUUUUACAACUGAAACUAUAUUAGAUACAAUAUGUGCAACUUGUUUUAGUGAUGAUAUAUAUGGAGAACAAUUAGGUGAGGAAGUUGUUUUUAAUAUGACUGAUCGAACACGUAUAUCGAGUUCGUUUAUUCAUUGUCAAUCACAGGGUUGUAACGGACUUAAUAUCGGCCAUCAAAUUCGUGAUAAAAGUCGCAUUGCAUUUGAUUUUAAUAAAUUUCUGAGUUAUAAUACUAGUAGUAAACAAAUAGCAUCGUCAUCUUUAAUCACAACUGCUAUGAUUAUCAUAGCAUUUAUUAUCAAAACUUUCUAUUGA